AUGUCCUUCGACGCAAGCACCACCACGCCCUCAAACCGCCGCCGGCUUGCUACCCCAGAUGAUGAAUGCUUAAUCUCGUUCAAACUACAAUUCAAAACGCAUGACCACUUGGCCCUGGCGGACCUUUAUCCGGUCCGAACCAACUCCGCCUUGACUGACAACCUCAACCAAACAACGGUUUCUCCUCCAUCACGCACACUCCCCUUAUUCGGCCCGGCUAGGCUUAAUCUCACCCGCUAA